AGAAGGGAAGAAAAAUUAAAGAAAGGUCCGCAUUCAACCUAGACCAAACCGAGAAAAAAAGCGCAAGCGCAGAAACCCUAAUUCUUUAAAAGCCAAAACCCCUCCGCUUCACUCCUUUUGCUUCUUCUCUAACAUUUAUCAGCAGCCGGCUCUAUCUCUCUCGGUUCCCUCCCCCCUCUUUUCUAGCUCCAAUACAAAUAAACAAUCCUCAUUCAAAUCAAGAAGAGGAUGCCGCUGAAGCAGCUAUUCGACGAUGCCAACAACGACGACGACGUAUCGAAGAUUGAAAUUGACAAGGAGUUCGCUAAAAGAUACGAACACAACAAGAAACGGGAAGCUCUCCAGAGAUACGAACAGCUGCAAAAGGAAGGACUGGUUGAUGAAUCCGAAUCAGGGUCAGAGUCAUCAUCAUCGGAUGAGACAGACAUUAAGAAGACUGAUAUCAAGUUUUUUGAUAAUUUACUCAAGGUAAAAAAUCGUGAUCCUUCUCUAUAUAGUAACGCCAAACUCUUUGAAUCUGAUAGUAGUGAUACAGAAGAGGAAGAUAUUAAGGUUGGUAAUGAAAAACAUACGAAAAAGAAACCUAUGUAUUUGAAGGAUGUGAUGGCGAGGCAUUUGAUUGAGAAAGGGCCUGAGCUUGAUGAUGAGGAAGGGUCGUCAAUUAAGACUAAGAGGGCUGAUAAGAGUUAUAACGACGAACAAGAGGAGUUAAGGAAGGCCUUUUUGGAUGCGGUGGAGGAUGAGGAAGAGGAUGGAGAGCAGGAGUUUUUGAAGUUGAAAGAGAGGAAGAAUGAGGAGGUGAGUGGGGAUGGGAAUGCUGCUGAUGCUGAUGGUGUGGACUUUGAGAAGAAGCUGGGUGAUUAUUUUGGUGGGGAAGGGGAGUUGGAUGAGGGAAGCAUGUUUUUGAGGGAUUUUUUUAAGAAUAAGAUGUGGCUUGGUAAGGAUGAAAGGGAUGAUGUUGGGGAAGAUGAGGUGGAUGAGUUGUUGAGAGAUGAGGAGGAGGUUGAGAGGCAAGAGAAGUACGAGGAGAGUUAUAAUUUUAGGUAUGAGGAGAGUGUGGGGGAUAGAGUGUUGGGUCAUUCGAGGAAAGUGGAGGGGUCGGUGAGGAAGAAGGAUAAUUCGAGGAAAGAGCAGAGGAAGAACAAGGAGGAGAGGAUGAAGAUUGCGGAAAUGGAGAGGAAAGAGGAGUUGAAGCAUUUGAAGAAUUUGAAGAAGAAGGAGAUGAAGGAGAAGAUGAAGAAAGUCAUGGAGGUUGCAGGGUUUAAGGAUGAUAAUGAGUUUCCGUUAGAUUUGGAGGACGAAUUUGAUCCUGAUGAGUAUGAUAAGAUGAUGAAGAAGGCUUUCGAUGUGCAGUAUUACGAAGCAGAGGAUGUGGAGCCGGGGUUCGGGAGUGAUGAUGAUAAUGAUGAGAUGGAGAAGCCAGAUUUUGAUAAGGAGGAUGAGUUGCUUGGACUUCCUAAAGAUUGGGACAUGAUUGACUCUAGUGAUGGGUUUUUAGCUGCAAGGGAAAGGAGUUUGAAACUGAAGCAGCAGAAAGGGAAUGACUGCUAUGAGAAAGAAGAAGGAAGUGGAGAAGAACGGAGUGAGGAAAGUAAGCGGAAGAGGAAGCGAAAAAUGUCACUUGUGCAGAAAGUUAAAGAGGAAAUGAUGGAAGAAUACUACAAGUUGGACUAUGAGGGUACUAUUGGAGAUUUAAAGACGAGGUUUAAGUAUGCUAAAGUGGAUCCUAACAAGUUUGGGUUGAAGACGGAAGAGAUAUUAGAGAUGGAUGACAAGGAGUUGAAUCAAUAUGUUUCUAUUAAAAAACUUGCACCCUAUAUGGAUAAGGAAUGGAAGGUGCCUAGUACUAAGAAACACCAGCAAAAGAUGAUGAUUAGGGAGCGUUUGCAGGAGAAAUUUGACAAGAAGAACAAGACAAAACAUAAGAAAGAUAAGCCAUCCUCAGUUCUGGGUUCCAAACAAGAUGGGACAGAAAAGCUGGACGAAUCAAAUGUGGAUACUGGCAACUUAUCCAGGAAAGCCAAAAGAAGACGCCGCCAGGCAGAACUGAAGUUAUCACGCCCUCGGCUCAUUGCCUAUGGGAAGGUCCAAUCUUAAGCAGCACUUAAGCUAUUUCCGAUAUCAUUUCUUUUAUUUAUUCAUUUUGAUGUGUACUCCUGAUUGAUGUCCCUUCUUUACUUGCAAGGAUGAACUCACUCUAGAACCAAAAGUAACGUGGUUGAGAAUCUGUUGGCAAAAUUCUUUCCCUUGAUAAUCUUUCUGAAUUUUGUA